GCGCUGGUGCUGAUGCUGAUGCCUGUCCCGGUGUCCCCCUCUCUCUCUCCAAUGCGGCAUCAAGAUGAAGAAUCAUUGGGAUGAUGGGACACCGGGAGAUGUAGAUUGACUCGAUGGAUUACUAAAGAUAAUAUAAUAAUGCAUAGGUAGCCUGCGUGAUUAUUCCUGGAUAAGGAGUGAGCGUCUGCGCAGCAGGGAGGAAUCACUGCGGAACCAAAAUCGCGUUACUCCGGAAGCCAGACUGCCGUGACAUGUAUAAGCUCUUUGAGAGAUCGCGCAGGAGACACACAACCCGGGGCGUGUAUCCCUGCGCCCAGCGGAGGAGAUAGUCCCAUGAAAGCGUGUGUCCCGGACACAGAGCUGCAGAGACAUGGACAACCAUACAGACCCCUGGUUGCCACGGGUUACGGUUCGUCAUGAGUGCAUUGGCCUGAGGUCCUACCAGGUCUCUCCAAUCACAUCUGUCCAAGAUGUUAAGCAGCUCCUCUACGAGGAGACAAACCUCCCAGUCGAGGAGCAACGACUGCUCCACAAUGGGAGGAUGCUGGAUGACAGCCUGCAGAUCGGCACCUUGGUGCCAGCAGGAACCCCAGACGUUUCUGUGACUCUGGUAGGAAGAGGCCUGAAAGGAGGAGGGAGGUUCGGACAGACGACGCCACCACUCGUUGAAUUUUUGAAGGACAUUUUGAGGAGGUACCCUGAAGGUGGACAAAUAUUGAAAGAGUUGAUACAAAAUGCAGAGGAUGCAGGAGCCACAGAAGUCAAGUUCCUCUACGAUGAAACAGAGUAUGGAGUGGAGUCACUGUGGUCACCUGACAUGGCUCAGCAUCAAGGAACAGCUUUGUACGUCUACAAUGAUGCUGUGUUCACUGUGGAUGACUGGAAUGGCAUUCAAGAGAUUGCAAGGAGCAGGAAGAGAGAUGAUCCACUGAAAGUUGGACGAUUUGGGAUUGGCUUCAACUCUGUGUACCAUAUUACAGAUGUUCCCAGUAUCUUCAGUGGGGACCAGAUUGCCAUGCUAGACCCUCAUCAGACCCUUUUUGGGGUGAAUGAAUCUGGGCAGUGUUGGAACUUGAAGACUGACAUUAAGGAGAUCACAGAACUAGCUGACCAGUUUGCUCCCUUCAUGGGGAUGUUUGAGAGCUCUGAGAGAACCAUUAAAGAUGGCAGCUUUCCAGGAACCCUGUUUCGCUUCCCACUUCGCAUGACCCCUUCCCAGCUCAGUGGCAACAUUUACAAUAAGGAAAAAGUUUUGGAGCUUUUUGAGUCUUUUAAAGCGGAUGCAGACACGGUGCUCCUUUUCCUUAAAAGCGUUCAGAAGAUCUCCCUACAUGUGCGAGAGUCUGAUGGUACAGAACGCUUGCUGUUUCAGGCUUCAGCAACAGAGAAUACAGAUGAUAAAUCAGAGAGACAGAAUGCACUCAAGACACUGGGUCAGGCUAUAGACAGCUACAGCAAUGGGGUUCCCAGCGCUACCAUCACAUGUGUCACCUAUCAGAUCAACAUAGAGACUCAGGAUGAAACGGCUAAAGAGACGCAGAAGAUGACAUGGCUUGUUUGUAAUGGAGUUGGAGGGAGAGGGAUGUGUGCUGAGUUGGACUCACUAGCAGACAAUUUGAAGUUCAUGCCUGCAAUUGGCAUUGCCCUGCCUCUUACCGCGGCAAACAAAGAGGAAAAAGGUGCCACAUCUGGCUUCUUAGGACGAGCUUUUUGCUUCCUUCCUCUCCCCCCUGGUGAGGAGAGUGAGACGGGGCUUCCAGUUCAUGUGAGCGGCUUCUUCGGCCUCACAGACAACCGUAGGAGCAUCAAGUGGCGAGAAGUGGACCAGUGGAGGGAUCCAGCUGCCUUGUGGAACGAGCUACUUAUAAUCACAGUCAUCCCCAAGGCUUACUUCACUCUCAUAAUUGAGGCUAUAAAAAGGGUACAGACAAUAAAGGACCAAGACUUUCCUUUGUCCCCUACAGGGACCUACAGGGCCUGGCCAGACCCUAAGCAGGUCAAGUCCCGGUGGACACCCAUUCUCCAGCCACUCUUUCAGGAGUUGUUGCAGCAGAAAGUCAUUUACUCCCUCAGUGAAAGCUGGAUCAGCAUGGACCAGGCAGUGUUCUCAGAGCUGGAUACAGAUGAGAACAUUUCAGAAACUGUGAUCAACUACCUCCAAAGCUCAGGAAUGCAGGUGGCGAAGGUGCCAGCUGCCAUUCACUUUGUCCUGGCUACCUACACAACAGAGCCCACCGAAGUGAAGAAAGUCACUCCGUCUUUGCUGCGGCAGACGAUCAGGAAGUGCAAACACAAAGGCUCCGCACAAGAAAAACUGCUGCUGCUGGAGUUUGUGCUGAGUGAUGCCAAUUACAGUGACCUUAUAGGACUAGAACUCCUGCCACUGCAAGAUGAGUCGUUCACAACCUUUUCAUCCUCCGUCACUGAAAAAGAUGCCAUUUAUAUUGCAUCAGAAGAUUUCCACAGGUCUCUGUAUCAAGGACUCGAGCAUCGGUUUAUACUGGAGAGUAUAAAGCCCUCGGUGAUGGACAGUUUAAAGAAAGCAGCCAAAAGCAGAGUGCAACAGUUUCUAUGGGGUUGCUCAGGAAGACCAUGCACGCAGCUACAAGUACUGAACCCUGACCGAUCAGCACGACUCAUCAAGGAGAUCCUAUCCACGGCCUGGACAACGAGAGACAUCUGUGUAGAGUGGGAACCUGGUAACAGAGAUCUGAGACAUCCCACAGUUUCUUGGUUGAAGAUGAUUUGGAAGCAUCUCUACAUCCAUUUUCCAGAGGACCUGAAUACUUUUGAAGACAUGCCUUUGAUCCCACUCGUGCCACUUGAGAAAAGCAUGAAGACAGUUAAGCUUCUACGUCUGAAAACUCCCUCACCCAUCAUUCUUAUGGAUGAUGAAGAGGCACCGCUUUCUGAAAAUCUUCUUGGCAUCAUGGAAAAGCUUGGAGGAGUUGUGAUGAAAAAGCUGGAUUCCUGUCUGCAGCAUCCUCUACUGAAGAAUUACAUCCACCCAUGCUCUCCUGGUAUGCUUCUGCAAAUUAUGGAUAGGCUGUCAAUGCAGCGAUUAGCUAGCCAUGUCUCUUCUUUCUCUGACAAGGAGAGAAUUGCACUCAGAAACUAUCUUGCAGGACUUUCAGACAUCACAGAGAAGGAAAAACAUACCUUGCUUGAACUUGCUAUCUUUGACAAAGUGGGGAUUUGUCCUGAGGGCAUCUCUGCAUUUACAUCACUGAGAGGUGCAAGAGCUUUACAUCAUAGAGCCAAGUACCCACCAAAUGUGAAGCUAUCAGAAAAUCUUGUGGCUUGCUCUGAUGAGGAAUCAAUUCGUCUCAUCAAGAUGCUAAAUGUUGAACAGCUGAAAACAACAGAAUGUUUGAAGAUGAUCGUUCACAAUAUUGAGACGGGUUUCUACACGAAAGAUGAAACAACCCAAAUCAUGCUUUGGGCUCUCAAACAUCUGGCAUUUCUAAAGAAUGAAAACUUAUCUGUGAUAGGGUGGCUUUCUGCCCUUAAAUUCAUUCAGUUGCCGAGUGGAAAGUCUGUCAAAGCCUCCGAUCUUUUUGACCCUGAUCUGGAGAUACUGCAGCAUCUGUUCUACAUGGAGGAGAAAAUUAGAUUUCCAACAAAUACAUAUACAGCAUCACCUGAUAUUCUCCAUUCACUCAGACAGCUUGGGCUCAGAAACGAAGUGCAGGUCAGUGAAAAGGAUGCUCUUAAAGUUGCUAAGAAGAUAGAGGAGUUACAGAGUGUCAAGGAACCUCAUUGGGACUUCAUAAUCAAAAAGGCAAAAACACUCCUCCAAAUACUCAACAAACAAACUAAGCUGAUAAAAUCCGCUGAUGCUCAGAUAUCAUUGCUAAAACUGAAGUGGGUACCCGUCUGUAAAGAAAGACCUCUAACUUACCCUAAAUCUCUUGCUUGGGUUGGAGAUACUCUCAAUAUCUGCUCUUUAUCUGAGAUGUGUGAAUUAUCCCAUGCAGUUCUUGUGGGAUCCUCAGUACCACUGGUUGAACACACAUCUGCCGGUAUGAAGAAAUCCCUGAAACUAACUAUAGAGCCACAGGUAGAUCAAGUGUUACAGCACUUGAAAGCAGUGAAUGACUGGCAUAAAUCUCAAGCAUUCACCACAGAGGAUUGGUAUCAGUUCCAGCAGAUAUUGUUUGAGAUUUACAGCUUCAUGCAAGCUCAUCUUGAGGAUGCAAGAGAAGCAAUGAAAUCACUGCCCUUUGAUUGGGUGUGGACAGGGAAGACAUUCUCAUCACCAGGCCAAACAGUCCUAAAACCCCUCCCUAAUCUGGAUUUACAGCCCUACCUGUACUCUCUGCCAAAAACAAUGAGGAAGUUUCACAAGCUGUUCAAAUUUUGUGGUUCAGUUGAAGAGGUUGUCCCAAGCCAUGUAUUUAGCGUCAUCACCACCAUCCAACAAAGAUGUGAAGGAGAGAUUACCAAGGAAGAGAGCAAACAUGACAUUCUGCUUUUGGUCAACAUCCUAAGAUGGUUGUACAACAGUCAGAUUCCUGUUGACACCAACAUGCAUGUGCCGAUUCUUUGUUACAAGGACCCAAGCAAAUUAGCAAUGAAACCCAUUCAUGAUUGCACCUAUUGCGACAUCAAGGUCGAUGAUUUGAACGACUUACUUGAAGAUGCCUCAGAGCCAAUCAUAUUGAUCCAUGAUGACAUACCCAUGAAAACUGCAGAGUGGCUGAAGGUUCCAUGUUUGAGUACAAGACUGAUAAACCCAGAGAAUCUUGGCUUUGAGCAGUCAGGUCAACAAGAACCUCUAACAGUCAGAAUAAAGAAUAUCUUGGAGGAAUAUCCAUCAGUAGCAGAUAUUUUUAAAGAGCUCCUCCAGAAUGCAGAUGAUGCAAGUGCAACAGAGUGCAGUAUUCUCAUUGAUAUGAGGAAAAACACUGACAUCAGAGAGAAUCUCCUUGAUCCGGGCAUGGUUGUCUGCCAUGGGCCUUGUUUGUGGUCUUUCAACAACGCUGUAUUUUCAGACAAUGACUUUCUGAACAUCACAAGGUUAGGUGGAUCAGUGAAGAGAUGCGAAGCAGACAAAGUUGGCAAGUUCGGCUUGGGUUUCAACUCUGUUUACCACAUCACUGAUAUUCCCAUAAUAUUGAGCAGGGAGUUCAUGAUCAUGUUUGACCCAAACAUCAAUCAUAUCAGCAAGCACAUCAGAGACAGGUCUAAUCCAGGAAUAAAAAUCAACUGGAGCAAACAGCAGAAGAGGCUGAGAAAAUUCCCCAAUCAGUUCAAACCUUUCAUCAACGUCUUCAACUGUCAACUUCCUUUAGCUCAGGACUCACCAUACAAAUACGAUGGUACUCUGUUCAGACUCCCAUUUAGGACAGAGCAGGAGGCAUCAGUUAGCGAAAUCAGUAGUCUUUACUACAAUACCACAGAUAUCUAUUCUCUGGUUGAUGAGUUCAGCAUAUGUGGUCAUCGCUUCAUUCUGUUCACUCAGCAUGUUGGAAGCAUGGUCUUGAAAUACCUGAAAUAUGAGGAACCAAACCCAGCAGGUGCACAAGACGUUGUUGCAAUCAACAAAAGUGUGUGGUCCUCGAAAGCCUCCUACGGACCUCUGAGUAUCCUCAGAUCUGCAGCAAAGGUUAUGAAGAAAGUAGCAAGCACUAACAGGAUACCCGCGGAUAUACCCAAGUCUGGCUGUAUAAUACGUGUCAUGGUGGAAGAGUUUCAUAAUGUGUUCAAACGCAUUGUGGAUCUUCACUCCCCACUAUUCCGAGGUUCAGAGGAAGAUCCUAACCAGUACUUCGAGAUGGCAGCGAAAGGUAUCCAAACAAGAAGACUCACAGAUGAAAUGCCACAGAAGGCAGUUGAGGUCACCAAUUGGCUCAUUUGCUCAUGCAUGGAUUCAAGCGAGGCCCUCAAGUUUUCUCUCAGUGACAGUGGAAAAAGACUCGGCCUGGUGCCUUGUGGAGGGGUGGCUGUUCUUCUCUCAGAGGAAGAGAAUCGCAAAUGGACUGUGAAGACAAAUGCCACACCAAUUGGAGAGGUGUUUUGUUACCUACCUCUCAGAAUUAAAACAGGCCUACCAGUCCAUGUUAAUGGCUGCUUUGCUGUUACUUCCAACCGCAAAGAGAUCUGGAAAACUGACACCAAAGGGCAGUGGAAUUCUGUGUUCAUGAGACAUGUCAUUGUACAGGCCUAUCUUGCAGCACUCGCAAUGCUACGUUCGUUGGCUGAAAGUGAGGAUCUGCUUGAGUACAGCUACUACGCAGCAUGGCCAGAUCCCAGUCAGGUACAUGAUGACUUUACACUGGUCAGCCAGGGGGUGUACCAAGAAAUAGCCAAAGGGGGUGAGAGUGAGCAGGCAAAAGUGUUUUCAGAUGGCAAAACCUGGGUGUCAAUCAAAUAUGUCAGAUUCCUUGAUGAUGCCUUACUCUGCAGGCCGGACAUUGGCCCAGCUGCUUUCAAGAUUUUCUUGAAGUACCUAAAGAGGAGUGGCUCUCAGGAUCUCUGCGCUGUUGAGCUGCCUGACUGGGUGAAGGAGGGGUUUGAUGAUGCUGGCUGUAAAGGGAAAUUAUUGGAAAACACUCUGACAGAGCAGCAGUUUUUUGCAGAAGUCUUUUUCCCACACAUUCUGGAAAUUGACAAAGAGCUCCGAGAUCCCCUGAUGCAUUAUGUCUUGAAUGAGAAACUAGAAGACUUUGCGUCAAUCCUCAGGGUAACUCCUUGUAUCCCAUGCUCUGGACCCAACAAGGAGCUGGUUUUGCCUUCCAAACUCAUUCAUCCAGAGGGAAGAGUUGCUAAACUCUACAACCCCGAUGAUGGAAGAUUUCCUGAAGGGACUUCCAAAGAUUACAUAAACCCUGUGUGUUUGGUGAAACUAGUGCAGCUGGGCAUGGCGAAAGAUGACCUGUCCUGGGAAGACCUGAUUGAGCGUGCUCACUCUGUUGUUGAUCUUAAUGAAAGUGAUCAUACAGCUGCAUGCUAUCGCAGCAGUAUACUACUUAGUCUCGUUGAUGAGAAACUGAAGGUGAAGGAUCAUGGAGCGGCUGAACAUUUGGAAACACUACAGGUCAUAAAGUUCCUUCCCUUUUUGACAAGGCCUGCAGGUUUCUCUUUACCGUGGCAUGGAAAUAGCUUUUCCCCAACGACAAUGUUCUCCCCCAGAGACCUCUUCACGACUGACCAUCAGGACACAGUGUGUCUGAUGAAGCCAAUCCUGAAUGAGAAUUCCCCAUCCUUCAAGGGCUGUGGACCGAUGUCAUUGGCUGUGAAAGAUGGGCUUGGUCUAAUAAGGAAGCCCUCGGUUGUUCUGGUUAUCAGUCAACUUAAGAAACUAUCUCAGUCAUUUGAUGGCGUCACUCUGUACCAGGAAAACAUAACAAAUGCCUGUUACAAGUUUCUUCAUGAGGAAAUGCUACAAGACGAAAAUGCAAAAAGUCAAAUAACUGAGGAUUUGAAAGCUUUCAACUCAAUUUUGGUGGAGAACACAUAUGUCAGUCCUUCCAAAGUUGCAUUUCACCUGAAUUUUGAUGCAGCUCCCCAUCUUUAUCAGCUCCCUAACAAAUACAGAAACAGCUGUCGUGAGCUUUUUGAAUGUGUUGGUGUGCAACCCAGCUUCUCAGUUGAGGAUUUCUCUGCAGUUCUUGAAAUUGUAAAGCAAGACUGUGGGCGAAGGGCACUUGCAGAGGAAAAUUUCCAGUUGUGUCGCAGAAUCAUUAGUGAAGGAAUAUGGAGUUUAAUACGUGAUAAGAAUCAAGACUAUUGCCGAGGAAAUUAUGGUGGGAUUCUGUUGCCAGAUUCCAAUCUUACAUUGCAGCCAUCAAAAUCUCUGUGCUACAAUGACUGCCCUUGGAUCAAAGUCAGAGACACUUCUGUGAAAUACUGCCAUGGCGAUAUUCCAAGAGAGGUAGCUGUGAAACUAGGGGCAAUUCCAAAACGUCACAAAGCAUUGGAGAGAUACGCCUCAAAUAUUUGCUUUGCCCCACUUGGUAGUGAGUUUGGACAGAAAGAAAAACUCACAAGCAGAAUUAAAAGCAUUCUCAAUGCCUAUCCAUCAGAGAAAGAGAUGUUGAAAGAGCUGCUUCAAAAUGCAGAUGAUGCCAAAGCUACAGAAAUUUACUUUGUAUUUGAUUCAAGGACACAUCCCACCGACAGAAUAUUUGACGAUAAAUGGAUCCCGAUGCAAGGCCCAGCCCUCUGUGUGUACAAUAAUCAACCAUUUACAGAAGAUGAUGUCAGAGGGAUUCAGAACCUAGGAAGAGGAACAAAAGAAGCCAAUCCAGGCAAAACUGGUCAAUAUGGCAUAGGAUUCAACUCUGUCUAUCACAUCACUGACUGCCCGUCCUUCAUUUCAAACAAUGACAUUCUGUGCAUCUUUGAUCCACAUGCACAAUACGCACCAGGAGCUACAUCCGUGAGUCCCGGAAGAAUGUUCAGAGACUUGGACUCUGACUUUAGAUCUCAGUUUUCAGAUGUUCUCAAUCUCUACUUGGGUGCUCAUUUUAAGUUGGAACGCAGCACAAUGUUCAGAUUCCCCAUCCGUUCCCCAGAGAUGGCAAGGGCAUCAGAGAUCAGUUCUGUUCCCGCUUCUGACAGAAUGGUCCAAAAUCUCCUGGAUAAGCUCAAAACGGAUGGUGCAGAGCUUCUUAUGUUUCUCAACCAUAUGGAGAAAAUAUCAAUAUGUGACAUUGAUCAUUCAUCUGGGGAUCUUAAAGUUCUCUAUUCUGUGACAGCCAAAAUAUCGGACGGAGAUCGUCUAAAACGUAAACAGUUUCAUUCCUCCGUCAUUGACAGUGUCAUCAAAAAGAAGCAGCUCACUGCUAUCCCAGUCCAACAGAUAACUUACACAAUGGACAUAGAGGAUAUUGAUGGGAAUUUGACCACAUGGAUGAUCUGCAACAGGUCUGGCUUUUCUAAUAUUGAAAAUGUUUCCAAAAGUGUGAUCUCAGCUCACAAAAAUGAAGACAUAACUUUGUUUCCACGUGGGGGUGUGGCUGCAUGUAUGAGCCACAAUUACAAAAAACCCCACAGAGCCUUUUGCUUCCUGCCCCUUUCACUGGAGACUGGCUUGCCUUUCCAUGUCAACGGACAUUUUGCCCUAGACUCGGCUAGAAGAAACCUAUGGAGAGAUGACAAUGGAGUAGGAGUAAGGAGUGACUGGAAUAAAAAUUUGAUGACAUCCCUCAUUGCCCCUGCUUUUGUGGAACUGCUGAUUCAGCUGAAACGUCGAUACUUUCCAGGUCCAGAUCCCACCAUGACAAUAGUACAAGGAACACCGCUUCAUGUUGUUAAAGAUACUUUGCGGAAAUAUCUGUUUUUCUUCCCAGCCAACAGACUUGACAUUCAGCCAGACUGGUACUGCCUGGUUAAAGCAGUGUACAACUGCAUCCAUGCUGAUCUGAAGCGUUUACUGCCUGUUGUCAGAGCAGCACAGAUGGACAGUUCUGACAUGCACUCUGUCAUUUACAUAUCAUGGGUGAAUACAUCCAUUACAAACAAAAGCAGAGCUUUCUUUGAUAACCUGCUACAAGAUGAGCUUCAGUACUUGAAAAACACAGAGUACAACAUUACAUCAAGAAAGUCUGUAGCGGAAAAUGUGUACAGGCUGAAAGCUUUGCUUCUCGACAUUGGUUUCAACCUAGUUCAGAGCUGUGAUGAGUCAGCAAACAUUUACUUAUGUUUGGAAGAUGCAGGGAUUCCAGUCAACUAUGUAACACCAAGCGAUGUCCGCAACUUCCUUCACACAUUCUCAUCACCAGACACUUUAUGCCAUGUUGGAAAACUCCCCUGCCGUCUCCAGCAGUCCAACUAUAAGCUGCUUCAUAACCUGAAGAUUCUGGUUGACUACUGUUUCAAAGACAUAGAAUUGGAUGAGGUCAAGAUUGAUGGAUUGCCUCUGCUGAUAACAAUGGACAAUAUGCUUCAGGUGUUUGAUUCCAAGAGACCAAAGUUUCUGACAACACAUCACGAGCUCAUCUCAUCAAGAAAAGAAAUGUUCAUGAAUACAUUAUACAUGAAGUACAGCAACAUCCUGUUGACGACUGGAGCUGCAAAGAACUUUGACAUCAUCAGCUUUGGUGACUUGGUGAGCGCUGUUCUUCCAAGAGAGUAUCGCGCGAAGAUUCCUGUAAAAUGGAGGGAUACUUUUGCAAGUGAAUCUUGGCUCAAAAAUGUGUGGAACUUCAUCAGUGAGAACAUGGCUACCAAGGAAGAUCAGGCAGACAGUAAACCCAGUUUUGACACAGUGCUCGACAUCUUGAAAGACUGGGCUUUGCUUCCUGGCAUCAAAUUCAUGGCAAGAGAGAAACUUGUUGUCCCAGAUCAUGAUGUGCUACUACCUCUAUGCCUGAUGAACAUUGCCAUAUUUCCUCAAGGCCAAAAUGACAAGGUCUUUCACACCCUAAUGAAAGCUGGAUGCAUCCAGCUUGCCGUGAACAAAAUAUGUGUCAAAGAGAAUCAACUCAUGGUCUUCCUGUCCCAACGCACAGCAAACAUUGAAAAUCCAUCAAGUGUUCUGAAAGCUGUGGAAUACAUGAUUCAGACAUCUGCAUUCAAAACAACGAACCUAACUGACAAGGACUUUGAAGCUCUUCUCUUGUAUUUCAACUGUAACCUGGCUAACCUCUCUCAAGAAGAUGCACAGAGCCUAAAACUCCUCCCAUGCUUUAAAUCAGUUAGUGGGAGAUACAUCAGCAUUGCAAGCUACGGGGUAAACUAUGUCCUUGCAAAUAGCAUUCCAACUGCAGACAUAGACAAAUGGUCUCUCACAUCCUCAGCUUCCUUUCUUGCUGACAGUCCACAGCUGAAAGAACUGUACACCUUCCUUGGCUGCAUGCCAAUAGAUGACCUGGAAAUCUACCUUCACCACCUCCUGCCAAAGUUUGAUCUUCUUUCCUAUGAUGCCAAAGUUGAACACAUUGUCUAUUUGAAGGAUAGACUUAUGUCAAUUGAAGAAUCAUGCAAGACAAAGGAUCACAUCUAUGAGAAACUUGAGGGCCUGUCAUUCAUCCAUGACUACUCAAACAGGCUUAGACCAACCAAGUUUUUCUAUGAUGAGACAGAGAAGGUGUUCGAAGUUAUGUUACCUCCAAAGUCAUUCAUUCCAAGUGAGUUUUUCAAGAAAGUGGAGCAAAUGACAAAACCUAAGAAUGGAACAUUGUUGAUGACCUCGUGGAUAACCUUCCUAAGAUAUAUUGGUCUCAAGCAUGAUGUUUCACAGCAACAAGUUCUUCAGUUUGCAAAAGAAGUCAGUGUCAAAGCCCAAACAGAGAGUUGGGCCAAAGAAAAAGUGCAGACCAUAGUCGAAGUUCUCUUGAACCACGUCUUCAAAGAGAGAACGGAUCUCUUUCAGGGAUCAUUUCUCAAAGAACUCUCAAUGAUACAGUUUCUAUGCCCUGAGAGAGCUCCCAAAGAACUAAUCAAACUUCACACCCAGUACCAAGAGAUGAGUGGUACAAUUCCUCUGAUACGUUUCAGUGGGUCUCAAGUAAACCCAAAAUUCAAGCAAACAGACAUUAUUCACCUGCUUUGGACAUCCUGCCCAAUCCUACCCGAAAAAGCUACACCCUCAAGCAUAAAGGACCAGGAGGACAGCACUCUCACAGGACAGGAACAACUCGACCAAGUGCUGAACAUUUUAGGGGUCAACUUGGACCCACCACUGGAUAAAGUCAUAAGCAACUGCAAGAACAUCUGCAACAUAUCCAACCCAGAUGAUGAGAUGGUGAAAACCAGGAACAAAGUUUUAAGAUCCACAUAUGAGUUCCUCAAUGCAGACAAGCGAGAUUUCCGUUACCAGCUCCGUGGGGUGGCUUUUGUCAUGGUUGAAGACGGCUGGAAACUGUUGAAACCUGAGGAAGUGGUCAUCAAUUUGGAUAACGAAUCAGACUUCAAACCCUACUUGUACAAAUUACCUCUAGAACUAGGUACCUUCCAUCAACUUUUCAAACUUCUUGGCACAGAGGACGUUGUGUCAACCAAACAAUAUGUUGAAGUGCUGUGGAGAAUUUACCGAAAUUCAGAGGGAAAACAACUUGACCCAAAUGAAAUGAGAACUGUGAAAAGGGUUGUUUCAGGAUUGUUCAAGUCUCUUCACAAUGAUCCAGUCGAAAUUCGCAAAGAUCUUGAGAGUCUUAGAGAUCUAACUUUUUACCUGCCAAGCCAUGAUGGUAGACUUGCAAAAUCCAAUAGCUUGGUGUUCGACGAUGCCCCACACUAUAAGAGCAGAAUUCAGGGUAAUGUAGGGGUUCAGAUGCUUGUGGACAUGAGCCAGUGCUAUCUGGGAAAAGAUUACGCCUUCCACACCAAGCUCAUCAUGCUACUUCCACAGAAAUUAAAGCCCAGACUCUUGAGUAGCAUUCUUGAGGAGCAGCUUGAUGAAGAUUCUCCAAAAAUGUGUCAGUUUGGAGCACUUUGUUCUCUACAAGGUCGCCUUCAGCUGCUCCUGUCAUCAGAGCAGUUCAUCACAGGUUUGAUUCGAAUAAUGAAACACGAAAAUGAAAACGCUUACCUUGUAAAUGAAGAAAAAGCGAUACGUCUUUGCAAAGGUCUUUGUGAGGGACUAAAAGUGUCUUGUUUUGAGAAACUCCAGACAACAUUAAGAGUUAAAGGAUGCAGUCCCAUCCCCCACAGUCGGAGUGAAACACUUGCCUUCCUGAAGAGAUAUGGAACAGCUGUCAUUCAUCUCUACAUCCAGCAUUCAGACAGCAAAGACAUCAACUUUCUUUUGGCACUCGCUAUGACACUAAAGUCUGCUACAGACAAUUUGAUUUCUGACACAUCAUAUCUGAUUGCCAUGUUGGGUUGCAAUGACAUCUAUAGAAUCACAGAAAAGUUGGACAACCUUGGUGUAAAGUAUGAUUCAACAGAGCCUUCAAAGCUUGAGCUGCCCCUCCCUGGAACCCCAAUACCUGCUGAGAUACACCACACACUGCUCAUGGAUCCAAUGAAUGUAUUCUAUCCUGGGGAGUAUGUUGGGUACCUUGUAGACUCUGAAGGUGGAGACAUAUAUGGGUCCUAUCAACCCACAUAUACAUACGCCAUCAUCGUUCAAGAGGUCGAAAGGGAGGAGGAGGAAAACACAAGCUUCCUUGGGAAAUGCUUCCAGAUUGACAUUGGCUACAGUGAGUACAAAAUAGUCAGUUCUCUCGACUUGUACAAAUUCUCAAGGCAAGACGAAGGCACCAAUACCAGAGAAACUAAUGCACCAUCAACCCCCACGAGCCCAGAUAGUCGUUCCACUGGCCUACGAAUGGUCCCUCCCCUCUUCUCUGCAAAAGAAAACCUCCGGCCUCCUCCUCAAAAACAAUCUCCAAAAAAGAUAAAGCUUCAUGCAUUGCCCGAGAUUCUGAAAGAAGUGACAUCUGUAGUUGAACAAGCAUGGAAGCUACCUGAAACAGAGAGAAAAAAGAUAAUCCGCCGGUUGUAUCUCAAGUGGCACCCAGACAAAAAUGCAGAGAAUCUGGACAUCGCAACAGAAGUGUUCAAGCACUUGCAGAAUGAGAUCAACAGGAUGGAGAAACAGUCUUUGGCUGAUCAGCAAAACACAGAGAGGACUUCCAGGAGAUCCUACUCCACAUCAUCAACCCGCUUCCAGUCAGAGAAGUUCUCAUUUCAAAGGUUUUAUUCAUCAUGGAACCAAGAAGCCACUAAUCACAAGUCAGAACGACAGCAGUUCAGGGAACCGUACACAAGCUAUGCAGGGUCAUCCCACUCGCACCGUUUCUUUGUACCUCCAACCUUCAAGACUGUGGGAAACCCCGUGGAAGCCCGCAGGUGGCUGAGACAAGCCAGGGCAAACUACUCUGCUGCUCGCAAUGAUCUUCAUAAGAAUGCUAAUGAGUGGGUUUGUUUCAAAUGCUACCUGGCCACAAAGCUUGCACUGAUAGCUGCUGACUAUUCAGUCAGAGGAAAGUCUGACAAAGACGUAAAACCAACUGCUCUGGCUCAGAAAGUGGAGGAGUACAGCUCCCAGUUAGUAGGCCUCACCAGUGAUGUACAGAUCCUGGAGGGCUAUGGUGUGGACAGCCUAAGAACUCGCUAUCCUGAUCUCCUGCCAUUUCCCCAGAUUCCCAAUGACAGGUACACAUCUGAGGUGGCAAUGAGAGUGAUGGAGUGUACUGCGCGGAUUAUCAUAAAGCUUGAAACGUUUGUGCAGCAAAAAAUCUGAUUCUGUUAUUAUAAAAGAGUAUGCAUUGAUCCUCAGUGGAAUCAAGGACAUGUGUGCAAUACAGAUGAUGAAGUAUCCUGCUGGCAGCUUAUGGUACAUAUGCAGACUCUAUCUGUGAUAGUGGGGGUGCUGUCCAUCCACAGUAAUUAAACGUGUGGCUCCAAUAACCCAUUAGGCCCCAUUUCUCAUUAUGCUGUACAUACAGAUGCCUCAGCAAUGUUUUCUUUACCAAAGCCCCUAUGUUGAAUAUAUUUGCUCUAAGUUAGAUUGAAAUAUGCUGCUUUUUUUACUUUAUCUUUUAUAUAAAAAAAAAUAAAUGAAUGAAUAUAUUUUCGUGCUUCAGAAAACCAAUUGAGUGUACUUAAGGGAGAUGCUUAUCGUGAAUUAGAUGUACUCUGUCAAAUACUCCGAUAACUCUCAUGCAGCGUGCAACGAUUCAGUAAGUCCAGAAAAUACAAUCAUGUUUGUAAAUUUUCCUUUUUGUACUUUUCGGGUUUUCACAUAAUUUCUGUAAAGGUUUUACAUUUCUUGUAACAUAGCCCAUCAAUUGUGUAUGGACAAAGCACUUUUUUGAAAACUCUUCAUGUAUUUACAUUUGCACUUGUGUAGCACUAGUUGCCCCAGAGUCCAACUGUGACAAGAAACACUUGAUAUUAAUUUUAAAUAAGUUGUUAAAUUUUUUUUCUUGCAUUGAAUGAUCUAACAUUAAUCUGUACAUGUAUCUGUACUCAUAGCUGUGGAGCAAUUUUCUGGCUUUGGUCACUUUUAAGUUUUGUAAAGGACAGUCAGCUUUACUUUCUUGUUACUGCCUGGGUCAAGAUCACUUACUAGGAUGUUGCGAUAAAGAGCCAUAUAGUGUAGAGCCUUUAAUCUGGGAACAACCCCAACAUGUUACUUGUGCCAGCUUGAAACCUCCUAACAGUUUUAAAGAUUGAAACAUUUCUGUUUAAGGAACGUAGGAAAGCACCAUAUUUUGGUGCUUGUGUGUUUUUAGCACAUUACCAAACUUAAUUUACCUUUGAUUUGAAUGAUACACUCUGACCACAUACUGUACAUGUACAAUGAAAUAUGACUUAAAUUGUGCUUCUUGGUAUGUGUUGUCUUACUUGCCUCUCAAGCUUGAGGAAAGUAAGGAGUUUAUCUCCUUGGAUAUUAUACAUGUUGAAAUACACUGUGCCAUAGCAAGGCCUAUUAAAUUCCCCUGAAAUGAA